UGAAUUUAUACAGUGUUGCCAGUUGCCAAGACUGGUGUAUUUGUUUGUAUGUUAAUUUUUAACAGACAGUUUUGUAGUCCUAUCACGUCCUAUCGUGUUACCUUACUUUGUUUUUUGUGAUAGUAUCAACAAUAUCAACAGAAAAAAUUUAAGAUGCGCGAAUAUAUAGGUAUCUACUACAUAUCGUAUUUUUAAAAGUCGAUUAAGUACAACAAAAUUCCAGUUGGCCGUCGUUUACAAGUCUCUUACGCUUUUUUUUUAUUUCUUGUAUAGCCCUCGUCUAAACCUUUAAAUAACAACAAUGACUUCUGCGCUUUACUUGGAACACUAUUUGGACAGUUUAGAGAAUCUUCCUGUUGAGUUGCAACGGAACUUUACUCUGAUGCGAGAUCUCGAUUCUAGAGCUCAAGAACUGAUGCGCAACAUUGACAAAUUGGCAGAUGAUUAUUUAUCAAAUAGCAAAGGAUACGCACCAGAUAAAAAAGGUGAAACUUUAACCAGCAUACAACGUCAGUUUGAUAAAGCAAAAGAAUAUGGUGAUGAUAAAGUUCAAUUAGCUAUACAAACUUAUGAAUUGGUAGAUAAACAUAUUAGGAAAUUAGAUUCAGAUUUAGCACGCUUUGAAGCAGAAAUUCAAGACAAAGCCAUCAGUGCGACAAGAAAUAUAGAGGAAAAUUCACAAAAACGAGGACGUAAAAAGACCAAAGAUAAAGAAAUUAAAAAGAAAAGUGCAUCAAGCGAAGAAGAAACCGCUCCCAAUAAAACUUCUAAAAAGAAACAACUGAAAAAGGGAGUUACAAAAACGACAAGUACAGCACCGAGUAAAACACCUUUAAUCAAUGUUGUCACUAAUCCAACAAACCCUACGAAUAGCAUAACCAGCGUUGCAGUAGAAAGUAGUUCCCUUACUGGUGCAUUAGUUGGUGCUGGAGUUGCACACUCGGCUGAAGUGUUAGACAUGCCGGUUGAUCCAAAUGAACCAACAUAUUGUUUAUGCAACCAAGUUUCAUAUGGUGAAAUGAUUGGCUGUGAUAAUCCAGAUUGUCCUAUUGAAUGGUUCCACUUUGCAUGUGUCAAAUUAACUACAAAGCCCAAAGGAAAAUGGUUCUGUCCCAAAUGUAUAACAGACAGAAAGAAAAAAUAAGAUUUCUUAAAAAUGAAAUAACUUUUUUUAAUUUAUAUAUACAUACAUAUUAUAUUAUAUAGUGUAUAAUGUUAUGUUAAUAUUUCUUACGGCGUAAGAACAAAUGAUUAAAAUUAAUGUAAUUUGUAAUAUUUUCAUGAAUUACACGUAAAAUGAUAAUAAAAAUUUAAUUUCUAUAUUAAAUCUA